CGUGAUGAUCCUGUUAGUAAAAUGACUUUCCAACUUUGUCCUGAUUUUUAGAAAUUCUUCAGAAUGUGAGGAAUAAGAUGAAAUCAAGAAUGCUGCGUGACGCUGAGAGGACCUUUGAGGGAAGUGCACCACAGUCGGUCUCUCUAAACCGGAUCUACACUGAACUGUUUAUCAUCGAUGACGAGUCUGACCCCAUCAAUAGAGAACAUGAGAUCUGGCAGAUCGAGACGACACAUGAUUUAAACGCAUCAGCUCAGAGACACAUAAACUACAAUCAAAUCCUUCAGCCACCCAUAAAUGAAAAUAUAACCAUGAAGACCGUUUUAACUAAAGGAAUUGCUGGAAUUGGGAAAACAAUCACCGUACAGAAGUUUGUCCAUGACUGGGCGAGCGGAGAAGCCAAUCAAGAUCUAGAUCUUGUGUUUCUGCUGCCGUUCCGAGAUCUGAACUUGCUUGAAGGAGAAAAGAGUCUAUUUGACUUCCUUUGUGACUUUUCCCCCGAGUUUAAAGAGGCGAGACAGAUCUCUGAAUGGAUCUGUGAUGGGAAGGUUCUGUUCAUCUUAGAUGGUCUGGAUGAAUAUAAAAAGGAUUUGAACUUUCAAAGCAGCCUUCUGUCAGAUGUAACUAAAGAAGCCACUGUGGAUGUCCUUCUAGUAAACCUUCUACUAGGAAAACUGCUUCCAUCCGCUCGCCUGUGGAUCACCAGCCGGCCAGUGGCAGCUGGACAGCUUCCGAGGGAGAUCUUCUUACAUGGAUACAUCACACAGAUCAGAGGAUUCAGAGACGAGCAGAAGGAGGAGUACUUCGAGAGGCACCUUGAGGAUCCAAAGCUAACCCAAGACAUCAUCCGUCACCUGAAGUCUCAAAAGAGCCUGUGGAUAUUGUGCCACAUACCUCUGUUUUGUUGGAUUUCAGUGGUUGUUCUUAAAGACAUAAUUACAAGACAAAAUAAAGAUUGGAUCAUGCCCUCAAAUCUGACGGAAAUGUAUAUCCACUAUCUGCUCAUUCAGACCGGGUUGAGCCAUGAAAAAUAUCAAGGGACAGAACUGUCACAACAAGACGCUCUCAAGCGGCACAAAGAACUGAUUAUGAAACUGGCAGAGCUGGCAUACUGGCAGCUGAAGAAACAGAAUGUCAUCUUCAGAGAAGAAGACUUGAUGAGCUGUAAGAUCACUGUUGAUGAAGCGUAUCAAUAUCCCGGUGUCAUUACCCGUGUCACAGAGAACAAAUGUGGAUAUAUCAGGACAAAACUUUUCACCUUCAUCCAUCUCAGUGUCCAGGAAUUCUUUGCAGCCUUGUUUGCAUUUCACACAUUUCUAUCAGGAAAUCAAGACUCCCUGAAUUUAAUAACAGCUAAAAAGAGGGAGAAGUCUAAUUUGUGUGAUUUUCUCAAAGUUGUGAUUAAUGUGGCCUUGCUAAGUGAAAAUGGACACUUGGAUCUUUUUAUCUGUUUUCUCUUUGGGAUUUCUUGCGAUUCCAGCAGAGAUCUACUUGAAGGACUCCUGCGUCCAUCAUGGGCCAGUAGUUCAGAUGGUCACAAGAAGGUGACCACGUACAUCAAGUCUUUGAAGAGGAAAGGUCUGUCCUCUGAGAGAUGCAUUAGUCUUGUUCGUUGUCUCGUUGAGCUCAAGGACAAGUCAUUUUUGCAGGAGAUGCGAGAUCUCGAACGCUCACGGUCCAAAGAGCCCCUCACACUGUUCCAGUGCACGCUUCUGGCUUACCAGUUUGUAAUGUCAGAUAUGAAUCACGAUGAGUUUGACCUCAGGAAAUACAACAUCACUUUAGAAGGGUUUCAGAGAUUCUCCCCAGCCACCACAUGCUUCAGAAAGGCUCUUCUCCAAGGAAGCGGAUUUACAGAGCAGCACUGUGAUAUCUUGGCGUGUUACCUAAGGUCACCAAACUCUCACCUGAUUCAUCUUGAUCUGAGUCACAAUGAUCUGGGAGGGUCCGCUCUGAGCCAUCUUUCCACUGCACUCUGUGAUCCCAAUUGCCAGAUUCAGACCCUGAACCUCAGCCACAAUGAACUCCAGAGUCAUGACAUGGAGCUGAUCAGGGAUGUGCUUUUAGGAGAAAAUAUUAAUCUGAGAUGGCUGGAGCUCAGCGACAAUCCUCUAGGUGAUUCAGGAGUGAAGAUACUCUCAUCUGGACUGCAGAGCGCGAAAUGUCAUCUUGCAGUUCUGAAACUUUCAGGCUGUCAGAUUAAAGGAGGAGGUCAUCAGUUGGUGUCGUCUUUGAAAGCCAAUUCUUCAUCUCUGAUAGAGCUGGAUCUGCGCUAUAAUAAUCUUGGAAACAUCGGACAGGAAACUCUAAAGGAUGAGUACCUGUGCUCAGUGAGAACUUCCACUGGAGGAGUCUGCGGUCACCAACCAGGACUCUACAAAUAUGCCGUUCCGCUCACCUUUGACCCUCAGACGGCUAAUGAACACCUCCAUCUGAACGAGAACAACACUGUGGCCACUCGUCAGAGGCAGAAACUGCAGUUUCCAGAUAAUGCCGAGAGAUUUGACAAGUGCAACCAGGUCCUGUGCCGCCCGGCGCUGUCAGAGCGCUGCUUCUUUACGGUGGAUGUGAUUGGGCCAGACAUGCACGUGGGCGUGGCCUGUGAGGGAAUUGAGAGGAAGGGAGCGAGUGAUCGAGUACGCCUGGGACGCAAUAAGAUGUCAUGGAGUUUACAUUGCUCAGAUAGAGUAUGUGAGGCUCAUCACAACCAGAAAACUGUAUCAGUUAAAGCAGAGUCCUUAAGGAAACUCGGCGUGUUCCUGGACCGGGAGGCUGGUUCUGUUUGCUUCUACAGUUUGAGCCCACAGAUGAAACUCUUGUACAUGUUUGAUGCAGAUUUCCCUGAGGACCAGGACCUUUUCGCUGCAUUCAGGAUUCAGGAGCCAGGCUGUUCAGUCAACUUAAGACAAGAAUCUCUGUAACUAUAUCUAGAAUGACCUACAAUAUUCACCUGCCAGACCUGAAGCCAACCACUCA